UGUCUCUCGGUGAGCGCGGGAUCGAUCGACGGGUCGAUCGGUGGCCGCGUGAAGCGCGGCGCAGUACGUGCGAAUUUCACCUGCCACGGGAGAUUUCGAUCGGGAACCAAGCGAGAAACGAAUGCUCCGAAUUACAUUCCGGCGGCGAGCGAUAUUUGAAUAGGGGAAUUGGAACAGUGUGUAGCUUCGAGCAGAGAGAAAGGUCUGCGGUGCAGGACAAGGAAGGAGGGCGAAAAGUGGGGACGUUUCGGAGGUGGUUUUGGAUGUUAGAAAGCGCGGGGGUGGCUAGAGAGGCCCCGCCGCAGGGUACGGGUCCCGAUGCCGGUCCCCGUAUCGCAAACCCUCACGCUGACCUCCACCCUCGUGCCCAAGGAGGAGUCAAACAUGCCCUUCAUAGACGACGAGCUACUCUGGUGCCCUGACAAUGACGGCAAAAUGGUCGAUUUGACGCAAUGUCUUCAGGAGAGCAGCACAGGGCAGUCGGUCGAAUUUUCCCCGAUGGAACUGAGUGCCCUGGUGGGGACGCCAGCCGCUCCAAACAUGCCGGCGGAAGAGGGCGAGGGGAUGGCCGGUGUCACAGGGGAGGAACCCUUCGACACGCUGGACACGUUCCUACGGGAACUGCAAGCUGAUCUAGCCGAGGCCAGUCAGCCCACGUCCACCACAUCUUCCGUAACCGCCUCCUGUAGACGACAAAGGUACAACAUCGCGGCCGCCAACCCCCUGUUAGCAGAAAAACUAGCAGCACCUUCGUCGCAGACGUCGCCAGCCUCCAUCCCCUACGCGACGAGGGCGGAAAUCAAGACGGAGAACAUUCAGCCGGAAACCAGCAAAGUGGACACAAGGGAGGUCCAGCCACACGAUGCGAGCGAGAAGGAGCAACUGGGUCUGGCGAGCGUGAAGGCAGAGCCAGGAUCGACCGGCACGACGACGACCACCACGGGGACUCGUCUACUGCACGGUAUUCUCUCCCAGCAUCCCCAACAGCACGGUCUAGGGGUGCAAAACGGAUACGGCCGCCACUUGGCCGGCCAUGCUCAGAUGGGCCAACCGCCCUACACCACUGCCACUAUCGCUACCACGAGUACGCCAGGAAGCGGAUCACUGCCAGCGAGCCCCGCGGACAGCGGAGUCAGCGAUGUCGAGUCCAGUACGUCCUCGGGCGCUAACGAGGACGCGAAUCUCUUACUGAAGGCCAGGCUCAACCCUAACACGUCCCUUCAGCCGAGCCUGGCGUCCCAUCACUCUCAUUUGUCGUCAGCAGCACUCGGCAGGUCAGCCUGUCACAGUCCUGGCGUCUAUCAGUCGACGGCAGGCUUCCUGCCGCCCUCCUAUCACCCUCAUCAGCAUCAUCCCUCCCAGUACCACCCGCACAGAGGGAGCUCGCCGCACCACCAACACGGGAACCACGCGAUGGGCCCGGCCAUGGGACCGCCACACCAUCAUCACCACCAUCAAACGCAGAGCCUGCAACACUUGCAUUAUCGCCAGCCACCUACAC